CUUCCCCUGCUCCCAUCUCUCUCUCUCUCUCUUUCUCUCAAUUAAUCCCAGCAUAAAAGCUCUUUCACAACACCAAACACACACUUAUUUCUUGCACCAAAGAACCCCAUCCAUCACAAGUUAAAGCAAAGAAGAAAAGAAACCCACUUUCUAUACUAUCUAUCAUUGCAAUCAUAUCCAACUACAAAAUUAAAGCGCCUGUAGUUUUUGACACUUAUUGCUCAUCGCAUCAACGAGUUCCAUCCAUCCUUCCAAAUUUAACCCAUAAAAGAGCAAAGAGAAACGGAAAGAAAAAGAAAAAGAGAUCAUAUGGAUAUUGAAUCCGUCAAGUGUGAGUGUUGUGGAUUGAAAGAGGAUUGCACCCAAGACUAUAUUAGUGAGGUGAAGGCGAAAUUCGAUGGGAAAUGGCUAUGUGGGUUGUGCUCAGAAGCUGUUAGAGAUGAAGUUAGCAGAGGUAAAAAGCAGUUUGGAAUGGAAGAAGCAGUCAGAGCUCACAUGUCAUUUUGUGGUAAAUUCAAUUCCAAUCCAGCAGUUCGAGUUGCUGAUGGGAUGAGGCAGAUGCUGAGAAGACGAUCAGGAGUCUUGUCUUCUUCACCAUCUUCUUCUAAGUAGUACGCUAGAUCGGCAGGCACAAAACUCUAAUGAUCAUUGGGAGCGAUCUUCAUCGCCUGCAAUAAUAUGGAUGGCAAUUGCUUUUCUUGCCCAAGUAUUUUCUUGUCUUGUAAUGUACAGGGAUUGUCAUUUCAAAGGAGGCUUCAUCUUAGUUUUGCUUCAUUUCA